AUGCAGUUGACCGCCGCCAUCCUUGUUCUGUCAACAAUCUUGACGUGCCAUCAAACACUGGCAUCAAACAUCCAAAAACGGUCCUCGUGCAGCAAUUUCACCCUCGCAGCAUACGAAGGCCUGCCUUAUCUGGACUUACGUCCAGGCCCACACACCCAUCGGAUAAGCAAAGGCAUCGAUUGCAAAAACAAGACUGAGAAAUGUCCAAUCACAGCGGGCGGCUACGUCGGAGAAAAGCCAACAUUAAAUAUCACGACCGACUCUCCUGAUUCGAUUUUCAAACUCAUCGGACAUACGAAGAAUGGGUAUAAUUUUACGUCCAUACUGUCUGAUAUUGGCACGCAUCACUACGAGAUUUUGAUCGGGACAUCUGGUUGGGUGACAUUUACACCUAGGGAGAGUUGUGUGACUGGCACACUUACUGGUUGUGAGGGCGAUAUCGUCGAUGAGACCGUCGUUCGAGCAUGUACACCAUAUCUUCAGGACAAUGUGAUUGAUGGGAAAUUCGCCUGGGCUGAGAGAGUUCCCUCGGAGUACGACUUGAGCUGCAAUCCGGCCAACACAACUGCUGCUAAGACUUCUGGAAAUGCUACAGAUUGUGAGUCUGAUGUGAAGGACGACGACAAGAAGAACGUGGCUGGUUCACUGAAUCACUUUGGCUCGUUCCAACCGCCUCGCAAACAGCAAAGAAAUCCGAAAACUAUGCAGACGCUCACGCCAAACGCGACAGGAAAAUCCGUGAAGCCGAAGCCAAAUAUAAGGAAGAAGUACACAAACUAG